GCUGUCUCUUUGACCGGCGGGCUGAGGGAGCGCCCGUGCUGCAGCCGCUUCCUGCCAGCUGCCGCUCGUCAUGCUGCUGCUUCUACUGCUGCGGCUCCUGCUCCCGCUGGCCGGCCUGGCAGCGAUCCCCCGGGUUCAGAAUAUAUACCAGAGGAGUUUUGGGAUUGAUUAUGACCGGGACUGCUUUGUCAAGGAUGGGAGACCUUUCCGCUACAUCUCAGGGAGCAUCCACUACUCACGGGUGCCUCGGUAUUACUGGAGAGACCGCUUGUUGAAGAUGAGGAUGGCAGGACUUGAUGCCAUUCAAACAUAUGUGCCAUGGAACUACCAUGAACCCACGCGGGGCGUGUAUGAUUUUUCUGGUGACAAAGAUCUAGAAUAUUUCCUGCAACUUGCUAACGACACUGGUUUGCUGGUUAUCCUAAGAGCUGGACCUUACAUCUGUGCAGAAUGGGACAUGGGAGGUCUUCCUGCAUGGCUAUUGGAGAAGAAGUCUAUUGUUCUUAGGUCUUCUGAUCCAGAUUACCUGGCAGCAGUAGAGAAGUGGAUGGGUGUCCUUUUGCCAAAGAUGAGGCAUCACCUCUAUCAAAAUGGAGGUCCAAUCAUCAUGGUGCAGGUAGAGAAUGAGUAUGGAAGCUACUUUGCCUGCGACUAUGAUUAUCUACGUUUCCUUCUGAAGCUCUUUCGCCAGCAUCUUGGGGAUGAGGUCGUGCUGUUCACAACUGAUGGUGCAAGCUGGUUUCACUUGAAAUGUGGAGCUCUUCAGGGUCUUUAUGCAACAGUGGACUUUGCCCCAGGUGGCAAUGUCACAGCAGCAUUCUUGGCUCAGAGGAGCAGCGAACCUAUGGGACCUUUGGUUAAUUCAGAGUUUUAUACUGGAUGGUUGGAUCACUGGGGGCACCGUCAUUCUGUUGUGCCCGCACAAACUAUAGCUAAAACACUUAAUGAAAUCCUGGCACGUGGUGCUAACGUAAACCUGUACAUGUUUAUAGGUGGAACUAACUUUGCCUAUUGGAAUGGUGCUAAUAUGCCCUAUAUGCCCCAGCCCACUAGUUAUGACUAUGAUGCUCCACUGAGUGAGGCUGGGGAUCUGACAGAAAAAUAUUUUACCUUGAGGGACAUCAUUGGUAUGUAUAAACGGUUGCCAGAUGGUUUUAUCCCUCCAACAACACCCAAAUUUGCAUAUGGGAAUGUUCGCUUGCAGAAGGUGGGCACUGUGGUGGAGAUUCUUGACAAGCUGUCACCUGCAGGACCAGUGAUGAGCACUUACCCAUUAACAUUUGUUCAGCUAAAGCAGUAUUUUGGAUUUGUACUGUACAGAACUUUGCUUCCAAAAAACUGCACGAAGCCAACGCAGCUGUCUUCAGCUCUAGAUGGAGUCCAUGACCGUGCCUAUGUCUCUGUAGAUGGGGUUCCUCAAGGUGUCCUUGAAAGAGGCAAAUCACUUCAAAUAAAUAUAACUGGGAAGGCUGGAGCAAAUCUGGACAUCUUGGUAGAGAAUAUGGGCCGGGUCAACUUUGGUAGAUACAAUAAUGACUUUAAGGGUCUAGUUUCAAAUUUAACUCUUGGUGAAGAUUUACUUGUUCAUUGGGAAAUGUAUCCUCUAGACAUAGAUGGAGCAGUGAACCAUGGCGUUAUUGGCCACCUCGAGCAGCCAAGAAGACCUUUUUUCAGUCCACUGAGUUAUGAAACACCUACUUUUUACACUGGUAGACUUUCAGUUCCUGAAGGGAUUCCAGAUUUGCCUCAAGACACCUAUGUCACGUUUCCUGGCUGGACAAAGGGGCAAAUUUGGAUCAAUGGCUUUAAUCUUGGUCGCUACUGGCCAGCCCGUGGUCCUCAGUUGACCCUUUUUGUUCCAAGGAAUAUUCUUGUUUCAUCGGAGCCAAACAACAUAACAGUGUUGGAGCUGGAGAGUUCUCCUUGCAGCACCCAGGCAUGCCACAUAGAAUUUGUAGACAAACCUAGUAUCAAUGCAACCAUGCAUCAUGCAAAUGCUGCCUUCCAACUCUUUGCUAGAGACAUAUGGCUGAACAAUCUAUAAUGAUUUGAGUAUUUCCUUAUCUUUCCCCCCUUUGCUUCCCUUUUCUUAAAAUCAUACUUUCCUUUUUUAAAGACUCGAUGUUAAUCAGUAAGUUAUUUCACUGAGGCAGCUUUUUAAAUUCAUCAAAGACCUUUUUUUUUAAUUUAAAUCUGACAGAGUUAAAUAUUGAAAUUCUUUAAAAAAAAAAACACUAAAAAAAUGUAGCUUUAGAAUUUACCUUGGGCUGUGAAAUAAAACUCAGCUGGGAGGUAACAUUUGCAUCAGUCGAAUAAAAGUGGAGACUUUGGUAAGCUUCUUACAUUACAGGAACCCUCUUGUGUGCUGUUUUGGUUUUUUUUUUUUUUUUUUUUACCACAUUUUGCAACUGAAGAGUGCACAGAAAAAGUGUGCACAGCCUUGCAAAUUUGCUGUUUACUCAUGAGGACUGCUAGAUCAGAGCUGCCAAGGGAUUAAGACACCUCCAGCUAGUUUUAUAAUCUGGUUACUAUCAACAGUCUGAAUGCACUCACUGCCAACAUUGAGCAGACCUCAUGUUUUUCACCUUGAUGCAAACAACCUUGGAAAAAAUUAAAUUGGUUUCUCAUGGGAGCAGAAUUGCAGAAGAGAGAACUCAAAUGCAGUCUGGUCCAAACAGCACUAAUGUGGAGGGAUGUGGUAGUCUGCACCUGUCCCCUCUUGGAAGGCAAAUUUACUGCUUCCCUUUUGCUGUCUCUGGAGACCUUAGGGAAAUUGAUAAGUACAAGGAUAUCUGUAAGUUUUAGUCUGUUUUAGUUGGACUGUAGCCUCUGAUUAAUGUUCCUGCAUAACAUACUCUUGAGAUGAGACAUUUUUUUCUUUUAAUGGAUCCACUUUUUUUUUUCUCUACUUUCCUUUUUUUUUUUUUCCCUUCUUCUGUAAUUGACCCGGAAUACCUGUUUUUCAUAGGCCAGCACCUUGGAAGUGGAAGGCUUUCAAUUAAAGAACUUCAGUUCUCUUUUAGACAUUAAUUGACAUCCUCUGUUUUGUUUCUGUGAACUGAUGAUUUUUGUAAGUGCCUGAUAUUCACGAAGAUGCAUAAUUUCUGUCAGUAAAGCUAAUUUUCUCGA